UGAUUGUUAUAAUCAUAUAUGACAUUAGUGGGCUGUGUGUCUGAUUGAGACUCCCCAAGCUGGAGGAGGAGGAGGAAGAGCAGCGAUAGCAGAAGGAGGAGGAAGGCGAGCGAGAGAGAGAGAGAGAGAGAGAGAGAGAGAGAGAGAGGGGCACUGAGGAAUCAUCAUACCUCCUGGCAUUUGACCCACACCAAACUCCAGCACCCAACGUCUCCCUGCCUGCUCUUCACCCACAGCGGAGGGGCAGCAUGGAUCUCAAAGAAGGGGACGUGGUAGAGAAGGGCACCGCCAGCGGGGUGGUGGUCCAAGUCAGAGAGAAGAAGGGACCCCUGAGAGCUGCCAUCCCUUACAUGCCAUUCCCAGUGGCUGUCAUCUGCCUCUUCCUCAACACUUUUGUGCCAGGGCUGGGGACGUUCGUAUCAGCGUUUACCGUGCUGUGCGGAGCCAGGACAGACCUCCCCGACCGACACAUAUGCUGCGUCUUCUGGCUGAAUAUAGCCGCUGCCCUCAUCCAGAUCCUCACCGCGAUCGUCAUGGUCGGCUGGAUCAUGAGCAUAUUCUGGGGGAUGGACAUGGUCAUCCUGGCGAGUUACAAAGAACAAGGGAUUCCGCAGCAGCUGUAACCGAAGCGGCGCAACGUAAGAAAAGUGCAAAAAGACAUUUUCCAGCAUCUUUGGAGGAAGAGUUUUGUAAUAAAUAGGAGAAAGUAAAUGAAUGAAGAACAAGUGGAGACUGAGAAGAGAAUGUGGCCUACAAACACUCUGGUCUAGAGGAUGACUGAGAUCCCAUGAUAACACU